AUUACAAGGUAACAAUAACGUAAGCGUUUUGAAUAAAUUCCGUAAAUAAUGAAAGUAUAUGUUUAACGCUGGAAAUUAAUGUUCAAUUUUUAUAUUUUUACAGAGGAGGAAAAUUAUAUAUUAUGUACGAUUAAACCGAAUGUCAAACUUAUCCUUACACAUAAAACUACAAAUUAAAAUGUUUAUGAAUCAAAUAUCAGUUUAUGAACCGGAUGAAAUUACUGCUUUUGGAUUGUUCAAAAUUAAUUUAUAUCUCGUUAUGUCGAUGUUAGAAUUAUUAAUUACCGGAAUAGCCACAUCAAUACAAAUGAAAGAGCAUCCAAUGAUUUUGAAAUGGAUCAAUGAAAUGGAAUCAAUUGCAUCCCUUCAAUUUAAGAUAGUUAAUAAGUUAGCUAACGAUUCAUCUGUCUAA